AUGGAAGCGAAGUUCUGUGAGGUGGAAAGAGCUCCGUCAGAGGAACGGCAGCAAGCCCAGCCACAGGAACAUGCCCAAAAUGCCCUCUUAUGUGGAAUUGAAGAGACAGUGUUGAUCCAUUCUUUUUGUGGAGGAAUGGAAACAGCUGCUGCACCUCCAGUCAAGUUUCCAAUUUCCUUUGAGGAUGUGGCCGUCUAUUUCACUGAGGCAGAAUGGGCCCUGCUGGAUCCACACCAAAGAGCUCUCUGCGGGGAAGUCAUGCUGGAGAACUACAUGAGCACGGCCUUUCUGGCAGGGGAUGAUCAGUGGAAUGACGGUGAUGAGGAAGUGCAUCAGCUUUUCCCAGAUAAAGUGAAGCAUGAAGAUUUGAAAGAAAAUUUCAGGAAUCAAGGAGGACCAAAGAGGCAGAAAGGAAGUCAUAUGGUCAAGAAGAGUGAUAAACCCAUUCCAGGCCAAGGGCAAGAUUUCCCUGAACUACUCCACAUGAUGGAGGAAGCAUAUAAGUGCAUGGGCUUCUCAGAAUGUGGCAAGAGCUUUUCACAGAAAUCAGAUCUUAUUCAACACCACAGGAUUAAUUCAGGAGAGAAGACCUUGAACUGCAUGGAUAGUGGAUGGAUGUUCUCUCAUGGAAGGAGUAAUGCACUUUUCUCAAAGCAUAGUAUAAUGGAUGCACAUAAAUGCUUGCGGUGUUGGAAGUAUUUCAAAUGCAGAUCACAUCUUCUUGUGCAUCAAAGAACCCACACAAAGGAGAAACCUUUUGAAUGCUCAGAGUGUGGAAAGAGAUUCAGUCAAAGUGGCAAUCUUCAAAUACAUGAAAGAAUGCACACAGGGGAGAAACCGUUUGAAUGCUCAGAGUGUCAAAAGAGAUUCAGUCGCAGUUCCAAUCUUAAAUGGCAUUUAAGAACCCACACAGGGGAGAAACCUUUUGAAUGCUCAGAGUGUGGAAAGAGAUUUAAUCGAAGUGGCCAUCUUCAAACACAUAAAAGAAUCCACACAGGGGAGAAAUCUUUUGAAUGCUCAGAGUGUGGAAAGAGAUUCAGUCAAAGUGGCAAUCUUCAAAUACAUGAAACAAUGCACACAGGGGAGAAACCGUUUGAAUGCUCAGAGUGUGGAAAGAGAUUCAGUCACAGUGCCAGUCUUAAAUGGCAUUUAAGAACCCACACAGGGGAGAAACCUUUUGAAUGCUCAGAGUGUGGAAAGAGAUUCAAUCAAAGUGGCCAUCUUCAAACACAUAAAAGAAUCCACACAGGGGAGAAAUCUUUUGAAUGCUCAGAGUGUGGAAAGAGAUUCAGUCGAAGUGGCAAUCUUCAAAUACAUGAAAGAAUGCACACAGGGGAGAAACCAUUUGAAUGCUCAGAGUGUGGAAAGAGAUUCAGUCACAGUGCCAGUCUUAAAAAGCAUUUAAGAACCCACACAGGGGAGAAACCUUUUCUAUGCUCAGAGUGUGGAAAGAGAUUCAGUCAGAGUAGCCAUCUUCAAACACAUCAAAGAAUCCACACAGGGGAAAAAUCUUUUGAAUGCUCAGAGUGUGGGAAGGGAUUCACUCUGAAUGGCACUCUUAAAGCACAUCAAAGAAUCCACACAGGGGAAAAAUCUUUUGAAUGCUCAGAGUGUGGGAAGAGAUUCACUCAGAAUGGCACUCUUAAAAAACAUCAAAGAAUCCACAUAGGGGAGAAACCGUUUGAAUGCUCAGAGUGUGGAAAGAGAUUCAGUCAGAGAGACCAUCUUCAAACACAUCAAAGAAUCCACACAGGGGAGAAACCUUUUGAAUGCUCAGAGUGUGGAAAGAGAUUCAGUCUAAGUGGAAGUCUUCAAACACAUAACAAAAUCCACACCGGGGAGAAACUGUUUGAAUGCUCAGAUUGA